UUCCUUUCUAACCUCACUCUCCAGCGUUUUCCGCUUUCUCACCGAAGCUUCCCUGGGCAGACGCAUGUGUUGUGAGCGCUGUAACGCCAGGUCCCCCUGCAUUUCGGAGAUGGUUUGCUCCUCCGUGCUACUGCCGGUAUGGCUGCUGGUUAGUACAGCGCUCCUCUAUCUGCCGCACUGUUCCACCUCUGACAGUCAGUGGGUGGCUGUAUCAUCUUAUAUAGAGGUCUGUGGCUUUACCUGCAACGAGUUUGGUGUCUAUCAACUGGAUCGGUCACCUCCUGCCCCCAUCUUGGAACUUGUUUGCCCUGACAAAUCUGCACGUCCGCAUGUGAGAAUCUAUAACCCGUACACUGAGCGAGUUUUUGUUAAUGAGACCUCCGGCUGCUGCCUCAUCCGAAACGCUCAGAGAUCAGAUACGGGCGACUAUGUACUGGAAUGGACUGGGAAGAAUAAAUGGAUCCGAACUGCAAAAUGUCAGGUUAUAGACCCAGUUUGUGUGACCAACAUAAGCGCCAGGCACAAUGGAGAAAAUGUGAGUGUGAGUGUUUCCUACAGUGGGGAAGAGGCGACAGUUGUGUGGGCAUGGAACGGGGGAGCCCUGCCUGAGAGACACCAGCUGAGUGACAGUAACAAGACUCUCACUGUACCCAGUACUGACACCGGCACAUUCACCGCCCUUGUCUCCAACCCAGUCAGUCACAGCAGCGCUCACUAUAACCUCACACUCCCGGGUACAGUUGCCCUGUGGGCUCCUAUAUUCGGCACAAAGACUCUGCUGGUGGCUGUAUCCUCAGACAUCGAGCUCUGUGGCCUCACAUGUGCCCAGUAUGGGAUUUAUACCCUCGACCGACUGCCGGACGUCCCCAUUCUGGAUUUCGUUUGCACAGAUGCCUCUUAUAAGAUAUACGGUGCCUACAGGGAGCGGCUACACCUGAAUGUCUCCUCCGGCUGCUGCACCAUUACAGCUGCACAGAAAAGUGACAGGAGCGAAUAUGAACUGAAAUUCUUGGGGAUGGAUAAGAAGCUACGGCUAGUUCAGCGUACACAAUGUUGGAUUAUGGACCCAGUGUGUGUGACCAACAUAAGCGCCAGGCACAAUGGAGAAAAUGUGAGUGUGAGUGUUUCCUACAGUGGGGAAGAGGCGACAGUUGUGUGGGCAUGGAACGGGGGAGCCCUGCCUGAGAGACACCAGCUGAGUGACAGUAACAAGACUCUCACUGUACCCAGUACUGACACCGGCACAUUCACCGUCCUUGUCUCCAACCCCGUCAGUCACAGCAGCGCUCACUAUAACCUCACACUGACAGAAGAAGAAUUAUGGUCUUGUGCUGGGAUGAUCUUUGGAAUUAUCUCCGUUCUUCUUUCCUGUGUUGCCUUAGGAGUGGUUUAUCGGACAUUGAUGAAGAAAAAACAAGAGAUGAAUAGAUCUAAAUACCUUCAGGGAAUGUAGGGAAGGGGAAAGAGCUGUGAGCUGCACAGUAUGUUCACUUGGUAUGGAAAAUAUAAGGAUACAUAGGUGUUACUGCAGCCUUUAUAUCAAAUCAUAAGUGAAAGUUGGAAAACCCCAUCUGAAUUUGUUUACACCUGCAGACCAGUCCCUUGAUAUACAUUAAUACCUGUAGCCGCGUAUUUUCUUACUUUUUAACAUGCAAACUCUGUUUUGGAACUAUGUAUUUGGCGUUGCAGCUGCUCCAUGCCUGGUUUUGAAGCAGGGUCAGACUGGCCCGCCGGGACACUGGAAAAAUACCCAUUGGGACCCAGCGACCCAGACUCAACCCUGUUGCCACUUCUCCUGGCCAGCGAUGUCCUCCCCUGAUGCGUUUCACAUACGCGCAUUCAGGGAAGGACGUUGGGCAGGGGGUGGUUAGGGGUGCACUGCAGAGGUCCCUGCAGGGGAUGCGUCAGCAGAGGCCCCAGUGGGCCCUUCACCCCCCAGUCCGACACUGUUUUUUAAAAGUUUUUCAGUUCAAGCCCAGGUUGAGAAGAGACAGUCAGGUUGGCAAACAGUUAGGUUUAGGAACUUCAAGUAACAAUUACUUACAAAAGCAGCCUAUCAGCAAAGAAUGGUAAACAUGACAUAUGUGGAACUUUUUAUGUAGAUUCAUGUUUAAAAAGUAGUUUUUUCGUGUCAGUAUCACUUAAAGGCCCACCCGUUGUUUGCCAGCCCCCAUGGGCUGAUACAGGUAAGGGAUCCCUUAUCCGGAAACCCAAUAUCCAGAAAGCCCCGAAUUAUGGAAAG